AUGAUUCAUUCACUCUCUCGGCCCUCGUUCUCACCCAUUUGUCGUCAACCACCGUUUCUCGAAUCUACUGCCAUGGCACUCUCUCGCUGCCUGCUCGCGCUUCCGCCGGAAACUCCAGAGCUUUCAGCUACUCGGUCCUCUGCCUCCGUUGUCAGCCCAUCGCUUUCAGUUCCCAAAUCUUCCAGUUCGCACAACCUUAGAGCUCGCAAUUUCUCCUUUUCGCCCAAUCCACUACGAUCUUCGUUUCGAGUGAGAUUGACUCCACAGGGAUUUGAAAUGAGCCCACCUCCGGAUGCCUUUACUGAGUUUAACAAGUUGCUUCUUCCAGUCGUCGAUCGCAAUCCUUAUCUUACGGAGGGUACAAAGCAGGCCACCAGCACCACUGCUGCUUUGGCAAAGAAAUAUGGGGCUGAGAUUACAGUCGUAGUUAUCGACGAAAAGGAGAAAGAAACUUUGGAGAACCAUGAGACUCAACUAGCUACCCUUCGGUGGCAUUUGUCUGAAGGUGGCUUUCAAGAAUUUAAGCUUUUGGAGAGGCUUGGAGAUGGAAAGAAGCCAACAGCUAUAAUAGGAGAGGUUGCGGAUGAAAUGAAUAUGGAUCUGGUGAUACUGAGCAUGGAGGCCAUACAUUCCAAACAUGUCGAUGCCAACUUGCUGGCCGAGUUCAUUCCCUCGAACAAACCGGAACUUGGUCGAGCCAGAAAGGUUGCUGUUCUGGAAUUAAAAGUUGCUGUCCGGGACCUGCUGAUUGCUAUCCGGGCUCUGCAGGGACUGUCCGAGACUUAUUGGUUGUUGUCGGGGCCUGCAGCGAACAAACCGGAACUUGGUCGGGCCAGAAAGGUUACUGUUCUGGAAUUAAAAGUUGCUGUCCGGGACCUGCUGAUUGCUGUCCGGGCUCUACAGGGACUGUCCGGGACUUAUUGGUUGUUGUCGGGGCCUGCAGGUUGUUACCGGGACGAACCAGAGGCUGUUCGGGACGAUUCGGGGCCAGCCCAGGCCCGGCGAGUCGAGCCAGACGACCACCCAACAAACAUAAAAGAACACAACAAAUAUACAGACGAUAAAUCAAUUUGUCAUUAUAUACAGAAUAUAUACAGCGGAUGA